AUGGCUCGCGGACAGAAAAACCCGGAAAUUACUGAAACAAGAAACGGAGUCACAAAUUAUAUUAACUUUAUGAAAGACUUCUAUCCUCGCGAAUCGGCAUUUCCUGUCCAAGUGGAUUAUUUGAAACAGUACAUUGAUUACAAGGUUAAAGCGGGCAAGCUGCAAAUUAAAUAUUUAAAAUUGUACGUAACGAACAUUAAGGCUCAUAACGAAGCUCUUGGAUUUAGUUGGGCUUUUGGUGCUAUUAUAAAAACAGCUUUGGUAGUCGUUUCUUCUAACUUACUACCCACUGACAUUAAUUCUUCUAACUUGAAUGCCUACUCGCUCCAGAGUUCUGAUUCUUUGUGUAACUCACAAUUCAGACAAUCUUACGACCAGAAUUCUUCUGGUAUCAAUACAUUGAAUGUUUCAGUUGAUAAUAAUAUUCAAGCAAAUAUCACACAGAACGACAACUUUCUUUACAAUCCGAGUCCUUGUGAUGCACGUCCCUUUCUUCCAGCUGAAAUUAGUGCGCCAAACAUCGUUCCCCUUCCCACUGGCAUUAACUCUUACAUCCAACUGAUGCACUUAAGAUCUAAUCAAUUUGAUACACAACACGUUAUACCAAGCAACAAUUUUCCUACUGUUCCAACUGAUAAUGCUUAUUUUUUAAUUUCCCGUGAUGAACGUCCCUUUCACUCACCUGGAAUUAAUGCUUCAAAUAACAUUCCUCUUCACAUUGAUACUCAACAUACCUGUAUUAUACCAAACAAUAACUUUAUUUAUAGUCAGAGUUUCCCUGAUGCUCGACCCUCUCUCCAACCUGAAAUUAAUGCAAAUUUUCAAAAUACUUUUCUUAACCAAUUGCCUAAUCCUAAUAUUGGUGUGCAAGAAUUAGAAAAGCAAAAUUUUAUUUCUAACGCAUGGAAACAAAUUUAUGACUCACAAAGAAAAUUGCUUAUUUAUAUUCUUUAA